CGUCUGGCUAACCUCUACUUUAGCGAUUAUGCUUUCGGAACAAAUUGUACCGACCCCGACUGUCCCGUUCAGUAUUGAGUGCUUGGUUUGUCGCGGUUUUCGAAGCCGAUUUGUUUGCGGGUGGAAAAUUCGCGUACGUGUGUGCAGUAAUCAUUAAAUUUUCGUCACAUUAAAAAAAUCGUUUUGGAGAUCUCAAUUUCUGGGGAAACGUGAAUCAUGCAAUUAUUCACACGAGUUGAUGGAGCCGAUUAUUGUGAUAUCCAUUAUGAAUAAGUUACAUGAAAAUUGAUGGUUGUAAUUGAAAAAAAUGUUAGGUAUAACGAAGAAAAAAUGAAAUAAAAUACAAAGUGCGUUGAAAUGAAAAGCAAGAGAAUUGUUUUGUUUUCUAUGCAUUUUUCAGUAGAGUGAUUUACUAGAAAAUUAAUAGUUUUCCUCUGAUUUGGUGCAAAAGUAUUUUGCGAAAGUUAAUGGGCCUCCAGAAAAAAAAGUGUGGCACCAAAAUCGUGACGCGUUCGGCGGAAGGAAAUGAUCUAAAAACCGUCCGCCGCCAUUUUAUUUCAUUCAACAUCGUCGGAUUCGCUCAUCGUUGUCACAGAUCUUGAUACGAUUACUAGUACACAACCACCACUAGAGUUUCUGCCAAGAAGGAAGAAAUUUUCGGUCCGAAGGUUUUGCACAAUUUGUGGAAAUUUCGUGCUGUAAAAGGUGAUAUUUUCUAAUAAAAACUAUAUGCGGUACUAGUUUACUAUGUGAAGUAUGCGAGCAGCAUAAGGUUUACAGUGAAAUGCUGGGAUAUUAUGUGGAAAAAUUGAAAAUUAUCCGCUAAAUUUUCUUUGAGCUCGAGGGCUGACUUGCACAAACCACGCACACAUUCAGGCGAAAAUCAAAAGCAGCGAAAGUGUACAUAUACUACUGAAAAACGUCCAACAGUGGUACUGUGUCGAGACGAAUGUGACUUGCUGCUGCUUGGAGUACGUGUUCAAGGCUCGUUGUGUGCGUGGAUGUGUAUGAGUGUCGCGCAAGGGUCAAGUGAAGCGACUGUUCUUCACUAGUGGCUUGUGUUGUGCUGAGGCCGUAUUUUUCUAAGCGAUAUUAAUGCGGAUUAACUCAUUAAAAACACAGCAUUCUUCGGAAUUCCAAUAACCUUGUGAUGGUAUUCAGCUGACUACGCAAGCCCUCGUGAGACCUGUGUCGGCUUAGUCCAAUCACUAUGCAACAAGGAUCAGGAUCAACUACACCGAGCGCUGUUCCCGCAACCGUAGCAGCAGUAUCGACGGGAAAGAUGGACGAACCACCGCCACGGAUCGAGCCGGUCGUUGAGCCGGUGAAUGGAAUCGUUCAACCUCCUGUGGUGCCACCGCCAGAGCGGCCUGGUCGGCUAACGAAUCAAUUGCAUUUCCUGCUGAAGACAGUGAUGAAAGCAGUCUGGAAGCAUCAAUUCUCCUGGCCUUUCCAGCAGCCAGUGGACGCGAAAAAGUUGAACCUACCCGAUUACCACAAAAUCAUCAAGCAGCCAAUGGACUUGGGAACGGUGAAGAAGCGUCUGGAGAACAAUUACUACUGGACGAGUAAAGAGUGCAUACAAGACUUUAAUAUAAUGUUCUCCAAUUGUUAUGUGUAUAACAAACCGGGCGAAGAUGUGGUCGUGAUGGCACAAACGUUGGAAAAAUUGUUUCUUACAAAAGUGUCCCUAAUGCCUAAGGAUGAGGUAGAGAUGGAUGUUCCGGCACCGAAAGGUGCCAAGAAGAAACCGCCAGUGCGACAGCUCGCGCCUCCGGGUACCCUAGUCGGACCAGCACCGGUAGUUACGGCGACCGUAACGACUCCAACGCCUACUACACCCGUUGCCGCUGUACGUGCUCGGCCUAGUUCUGCAUUAGGUAGUGCCGUUACUUCAAGCGUUCCUCCAAACAAUGUAACUGCAACAGCAACGACUGUAGUGCCGAGUGUGCCACCAAUUGGUAUACUACCUCCCCCUACUGUGCCCGGUAGCACAAACACAACAACAACGGCCACUCCGUCUGUGGUCAGUGCAGCGCACAAUUCUCUCGCGACACCAGUCACUCCGGUAGUGUCUAAACCGGUCCCGCCUACAACGUCACCGUAUAUUGUGAAUAGUUCGCAGUCCGGAAUUGAGACGGUUUUACCUCCCCAGCAACCUGCGAAAGUCAAAAAAGGUGUUAAAAGAAAGGCCGACACCACCACACCAACUGCUACUGCCUACGAUCCGCAUUAUGGUACCAAUCUGGAUCCGAGCAAUCCGAAAAUCGCCACCAGGAGGGAAUCUGGACGACAGGUAAAUAAGGAAAUUGCCCCAUUCCAGUCAUCGUCGUAUCCUAUCUCGCCAUAUCAGGGAUCGGCUGCUGCUCAGAAUCCGCCGAAGAACAAGGAAAAACUGUCCGAUGCGCUCAAGUCGUGCAAUGAGAUUCUGAAGGAACUGUUUUCCAAAAAACACUCCGGAUACGCUUGGCCCUUCUAUAAACCGGUGGAUGCGGAGUUGCUCGGUCUGCAUGAUUAUCACGAUAUUAUCAAAAAACCAAUGGAUCUGGGUACCGUGAAGCGGAAAAUGGACAAUAGGGAAUACAAAUCGGCAAACGAAUUCGCCGCCGACGUUAGGCUUAUAUUUACUAAUUGCUACAAGUAUAACCCUCCAGAUCACGACGUUGUUGCCAUGGGACGCAAACUGCAGGAUGUGUUUGAGAUGCGUCUAGCGAAUAUACCGGAUGAACCGGUAAACAACGUUACACCCAAUCAAAGCAAGGAAAGCGACUCCUCAUCUUCUAGCGACUCAAAUGCCAGUGAGGAAGAGUCGGAAUCGGACGAGGAGUGCAAUCAAAAAUUGAAGAUGCUUGAGAAGCAGUUGUUUGAAAUGCAAGAACGUAUGCGGAAGCUGGCGGAAGAGGCGUCAUUGAAGAAGAAAGCCAAGAAGAAGAUGAAAGAGAAGAAAAAACUUUCGACGUUGGGAUCGAGCGAUAUCAAACAGGGCAUGGAAGUGCAUGCCAAUCCACCACACGCUCCAGUAAAGACGCUCCAUCAAGUUACUACUAUUCCACAGCCACAAAUUACCAGUGCAGCUCCGGUAGUUCCUGCAGCGGCGACCACCAAAACUAAGACGAAAGGCCAACGAGCACCCAAAGCUGGAGCCACGCCCAACGCGCCCGCCAAGCGAGCUAAAGGAGCGGGCACUGCCGCUACUGGUGCCACUCGAGGUCCCAACAAGAAGAAAGGUUCGCAAAACGUUGCGAAUUUUGAUUCGGAAGAGGAAGAUACCGCCAAACCCAUGUCAUAUGACGAGAAAAGACAGCUAUCACUUGAUAUCAAUAAACUACCAGGUGACAAACUCGGUCGCGUUGUACAUAUUAUUCAAAGCCGAGAGCCAUCGCUGCGUGAUUCGAACCCGGACGAAAUCGAGAUUGAUUUUGAGACGCUCAAGCCUUCUACGCUACGAGAACUGGAAAGCUAUGUGGCAUCCUGUUUGCGCAAGAAAACUCGUAAGCCCUACUAUAAAAAAGUCUCCGGUAAAUCCAAGGACGAACAAAUGGCGGAAAAGAAACAGGAGCUUGAGAAGCGGUUACAGGAUGUAACUGGUCAGCUGGGAACUGCCAAGAAGAAUGCUAAAAAAGCGGACGAAGCAACGAAACAAGACGUCACACCUUCCGGUGGUAACAUUUCUUCAAGUAGUAGUUCAAGUGAUUCUUCGUCGUCCAGUUCCAGCGACUCCAGCUCGAGUGAUUCCAGCGACAGUGAAGCAGAGUCCGGACGACCACCAAAGAAGAAAAAGAAGGACUCCUCUUCACCAGUGCAAUUACCACCAUCCACAGUAACAAAUGCGCCAAUACCCGUUACAACAUCGACAAUUACAACUACUGCGACAGUCACAGCACAGACCAGUACACCGUCGAUAGCUUCAUCUGUCGCUGGUAACACCAGCGCACCCCUUCCUAACACAGCGCCAACUGUUACUGCAUCCAAUACAUCACUAACGACGCCACAGAACUCAUCGACACCAAUAGCAGUUGUUCCACCAACAUCUACGGUAACAUCAACAGUGAUACCGCCCGGUCCCAGUACACCAAAUUUGCCACCAACGAACCCUUGUUCGAUCACUUCCCAGAGCACAACGCAAACUCAAAUUCCCCCUCCACCGGUCACACUAUCAUCCAAUAUACUACCACAAACACCUCAACUGUCGUUAGAACAAGGUCUGUCUAUGACAGUGCCUGGCAGCGAUUGUGUUGUGAAUAACAGCCUGAGUAACAGUAGUAACUGCAACAACAGUAACCAAGUUCCAUUGCCAACGCCGUCGCCAAAUACGACAACAUUACCAUCAAAUCUGUUGUCUACUAGCAGUAAUAGUAUGAAUAACAUCAAUACUGUUACGCAGCAAUCGCAGCAACAGACAAGUCUGCAGCAAUCUCACGUGCAACUGGGCCAAUCUAGUAGUAACAAUAGUAUGUCAUCCAACACUACUAACGGUAUGAGCAAUCCGCUCAAUGUACCGACUUCACAGUUUUCUGCAGGUCUAGCAGCAAUCAACAGUUUAGCAAAUAUGGCUUCCACUGGAAUGCAACAACAGUUGCAUUUACCUCCGGUCCAAACGCAAAGUCAACAGCAGUUGCCGCAAUUGGCUAAACAGCAGCAAAACCAAUCAACGCACAUGCCCAUGCAGCUACCCUCGGUGCGAACUUCAUCCGGUAACACACAGUCGCACAACUUGGCAAACUUCAUCGAUCCACUGGAACACUCACUAGCAUCAUUUGAAAAGAAUGAUCCGACUGCAUUAGGGUUGAAUCUGUUAAAUGAUAUUCAAUCAUCGCUGAAGCAGGAACUGGCUGUCGGAAGCAUGCAAGCUCAUGCGAAUCUAUUACCAUCGCUAGAUCUGAUGACACACCUGCAAAAUCAGAUGCACCACUCCAACAAUGGCUUUAACAAUGACUUCAAUGGUAACGGGCCGCUCAAUGGAAUGGGCAACCUUGCGUCUAGCGUUGGCAUGAGUCAAAUGGUUCUUAACUCAAUGGCAACAACCAAUCCCAUGCUGGGAAAUGUGUUGUUUGAUCCGCUGCAAAAUUUCAUGCGUUCAUCCAGUUACCAAGGUAAUCCGACGCACGAGCGAACCAUCGAUCUAACCGGAAGUAGUAGCUCGGGACCGAUCCUUAAAAAAGAAGAAGGCAAGUUUAUGCUGACACCCAAACCGAUCGAGGAUUUGCUCAUGAAUCCCGGCGAGAAGAAAUUGAACAACACUCCACCCGAUGUAAAGGGGAAUUUUUCACAUGCAUUCAAAUCAUCGGUUCACGAUCAAAAUCUGAAGAAUGCAUGGUCCUCGCUGGCAUCGGCAGGCUCGCCGCAGAACAAUCCCACCUCCAACAAACCAAAGCCAGCUAUGGAUACCUUCCAAGCAUUUAGGAACAAGGCAAAGGAAAAACUCGACCGACAGAAGCUGCUCCAGCAGCAGGAAUUGAAGCGUACUCAAAAGGAACAGGCAGAGAAGGAGAUGAAACGACAGCAGGAGCAACAGCACAAGGUUAAGCCGGAUGAUAUGAACAAUGGACGUAAAAUGUCGAUCGAACCACUGCCAGCUCGUGUUGUUGAAGACAUCAAGGCAUCGCCACAGGGAAGUCCUACACCUGCCGCACCAACCACUCCACACAAUGUAGAUCGGUCGGCGGCCAAACGAGCAGAGCUGAGAAAAUUAGAACAGGAGCGCCGAAGAAAGGAAGCGAUGGCUGGACAAAUUGAUAUGAACAUGCAGAGUGAUUUGAUGGCCGCGUUCGAAGAAUCCCUGUAAAAAGGCAGGAGCAAAGGCACGUUUUAUUCCUACAGUAAUAUGUUAGUUAUGUGAUUUGAACACUUGAAUCCAAUUAUGAAUGCCUUCGCAUACCACCGAAUAAGAUUGUGGUUAGAAAUUUGAGUGAAAUUUUGGUUACAGUUCAUCGGAUAUGCGCCUAAGCAAUUCUAGUACCACUGUCCGGAUUACACCUCGGUAGGUGAGCCAGUGCGGAGUUUAACGACAAGAAAGCAGAUAAGAUUAUGUUAUCAAAUAAGUGACAUUAUGAUUUGUGAUAUGUAACGUAAAUAUAUAGAAAAUGCUUAUAUAUUUAAAGUAAAGACGACGAAGAUCGUAAAGUGUAACUUUUGGAGAAGUCGGGAAGGCCUUCGUGCAUAUAAUUGCAUAUGCAGCAGCUGUAGGAAAAAAGACGAGGGGGAGUAUAUACUAUACAUUAAUCCUUAAAAAUCAGUGUUACUCUAAAGUUCGAGUGUUAGUCAUAAGGAAUUCACUUAGCAGCCAAAAAAACUGAAAGAAAACCGUGUAUAGAAUUGAAAAUCUGAUGAUUAUGAUUUUCGUUGGGUAUAGUCAAACGUUAUCAUGUUUUGAGUUACUAUUCGAAACACUUUUCAGGAGACUGAAAGUGUGUUGCUUUUUAUACUUUUAAUUAUAUAUUACUUACGUGACAGUCCAGAUUUGAUAAGAUCAAGAUAGUGUAAUUUUUCGAGCUGUAAUUACUUAGGAUAAAUAUAUUUAACUUGGUAGUUUUAUUUUAAUUCAGCAAAUCUUAUCAAUACACUACUUAGCUCAGUUUGUGAAACUAAGAAGUGAACAUGAAAUAAUUAGGUAGCAACUAUGAAAAUAUACGAGACUAACCACACCGUCAAAUCUACCAAUUUGUUUGUGCCAGAAAACCAGUUUGGGCGGCUUCCUUAUGGCAUGAUCAUUUUUCUAAUCACAUUUUCUCAUCAAGGUAAACCUACCGCCAGUUUUGUGAAAGAAACUCCCUAAUGUCAGGUUGAAGAUAGGUAUAAUACAGUAGUUUGGGUUGGAACUAUAAAUUUAUCACUUGUAAAUAACUGAUUCCCUUACCAUCAAUCUAUUGACGAGUCAAAGAUGUUAAAAAUUAUAAGUAGUGUUAGAUUGUUCAUUAUCAUACACUGAAAACAGAAACCAAUCUAUGUAAAUGAUGUUUGUAUAAUACACAGAACAACAAAUGAUUUACUGUAAUAUAUCUAGAAUGUAGUCAAGAAAAUAACUUGCAGAACGUAGUUCGUGUAAUUUAACGAAACAUAUUCUUGGAAUACAGUGUCCUGCGCCGAUGAAGUAACUGGACAGAAUUCUUAAAAAGUG